GGAACUUGCAGUGAUCCCCCUGCCUCAGUGCUGGGCUCACAGGCUUUCUGUUUUGUUAACGCCUCACAAGCAGCUUGGCUCUGUGGAAGUCCAUGAGACCUCCCUGCCGCCUCCAACCAAUGCUGGCCCUGUGGAGGUCGACCUACAGGAGGAUUAGCGGCUAAUCUGGCUUCUGGGGUUCCUAUUCCUGGGGCUCGGGGAGCCCAGUGCGCAGGCUCCGGGCCACAGCGGAUCCCUCUCCUGGGUCCCCAGCCCCUCACACACUGCCGCCAUGGCCUCCCUCUUCUCUGGCCGCAUCUUGAUCAGGAACAACAGUGACCAGGAUGAGGUGGAGACCGAGGCCGAGCUGAGCCGCCGGCUGGAGAAUCGCCUUGUGCUGCUGUUCUUCGGGGCCGGGGCCUGUCCCCAGUGCCAGGCCUUUGCCCCGGUCCUCAAAGACUUCUUCGUGCGGCUCACGGAUGAGUUCUACGUGGUGCGGGCAGCCCAGCUGGCCCUGAUCUACGUGUCCCAGGACCCCACGGAGGAGCAGCAAGACCUGUUCCUCAGGGACAUGCCUGAGAAGUGGCUGUUCCUGCCUUUCCAUGAUGACCUGAGGAGGGACCUCGGGCGCCAGUUCUCCGUGCGGCGUCUGCCGGCCGUCGUGGUGCUCAAGCCGGGCGGGGACGUGCUGACGAGCGACGCGACGGACGAGAUCCAGCGCCUGGGACCCGCCUGCUUCGCCAACUGGCAGGAGGCGGCCGAGCUGCUGGACCGCAGCUUCCUGCAGCCCGAGGACCUGGACGAGCCCGCAAGGCGCAGCAUCACCGAGCCUCUGCGCCGCCGCAAGUACCGCGUGGACCGGGAGGCGGGCCGGGGCCGCGGCCGGAGCAGCCACGACUCUGGUGACCCAGGGGAUGCAGGUGCAAGGGCAGAGCUCUGGUGGCCCCCAGGGGAACCCGGCUGCAGGGGCGGGGCUCUGGUGACCCCCAUGGGUACCUGGGUGUAGGGGCGGGCUAGA